AUGCCUUCCUCGUUCUCCUUGUCGACCUUCUCGCUCUCGAGCAAGGCCUCCAAACGGCGCUCCCUUGCCAGUGGUACCAGUGCGAAUUCGUCAACUUUGAGCUUCCAGAGCGUAAAGCCCAUGAAGCUGGGAUACUCUAUGCCGUCAUCAUCAUCAUCAGAUUCGUCGAUUUCGAAAGCGUCGAGCAUGCCCGUAAUCGCUGAGACGCUGGACGAGGAUGACCAAGCUUGGGGAUCUCGCCCUUCUCGCCGCCAGCGCAAGCACAUGCACUGA